GCUCGCGGCAGGUGGCCCAGCAUCUAGGUGCCCACGCCCCGAAGCGAGCGAGGAGCACGGGUGGGUUGGAUGACCAAGGUCUCCCCUGGAGGAUCGCCUCCCUCCCUCCACACGCCCGGCACAGCGCCACAGUGAGCGAGCGAGGAGGGGGAGAGAGGGAGUCUGUCUGCAAAGUGCUGCUCCCUGGUGCUCAGAGGCGGCUGCUCCAGCUCCAACUCUCAUUCAUUUCGCCGGUUAACAUGAGAGAUCAUGGCCGCCUUCGGGCUUCUCAGCUAUGAGCAGAGACCGCUGAAACGCCCCCGGCUCGGGCCGCCCGACGUCUACCCGCAGGACCCCAAGCAGAAGGAGGAUGAACUUACUGCUGUGAAUGUAAAGCAAGGCUUCAACAAUCAGCCAGCUUUUACUGGAGAUGAACAUGGCUCAGCCAGAAAUAUUGUAAUUAACCCAUCAAAGAUUGGAGCUUAUUUCAGCAGCAUAUUAGCUGAGAAACUAAAGCUUAACACUUUCCAGGACACCGGAAAGAAGAAACCACAAGUUAAUGCUAAAGAUAAUUAUUGGCUGGUUACUGCUCGAUCCCAGAGUGCAAUUCAUAGUUGGUUCUCCGACUUAGCAGGAAAUAAACCACUCGCUAUUUUGGCAAAAAAGGUUCCAAUCCUUAGUAAAAAAGAAGAUGUUUUUGCAUAUUUAGCUAAAUAUUCAGUGCCAAUGGUUCGAGCAGCGUGGCUGAUCAAGAUGACCUGUGCCUAUUAUUCUGCUAUUUCUGAAGCUAAAAUUAAGAAACGUCAGGCUACUGAUCCUAAUUUGGAGUGGACACAAAUAUCUACCAGAUAUCUCCGAGAGCAGCUGGCCAGGAUUUCCGACUUCUACCACGUGGCUUCCAGCGCGGGGGAUGGUCCUGUCCCGGUGCCACCGGAUGUGGAGCAGGCAAUGAAGCAGUGGGAGUACAACGAGAAGCUGGCCUUUCACAUGUUCCAGGAAGGAAUGCUAGAGAAACAUGAAUAUUUGACAUGGAUCUUGGAUGUUUUAGAAAAGAUCAGACCAAUGGAUGAUGAUCUUCUUAAACUCUUAUUACCACUAAUGCUGCAGUAUUCGGACGAGUUUGUUCAGUCGGCUUACCUGUCUCGUCGUCUUGCCUACUUUUGUGCCCGGCGUCUUGCCUUGCUGCUGAGCGAUAGUCCCAGCCUCCUUGCUGUGCACUCGCCCCACAUGAUGAUAGGACCAAACAACUCAAGCAUCGGGGCCCCCAGCCCUGGACCCCCUGGCCCCGUCAUGAGUCCCGUGCAGCUGGCCUUCUCAGACUUCCUGUCCUGUGCACAGCAUGGCCCCCUGGUUUAUGGACUUAGUUGUAUGCUGCAGACUGUCACUCUCUGUUGCCCAAGUGCCUUGGUGUGGAAUUAUUCCACAAACGACAAUAAGAGCGCGAACCCUGGCUCGCCCCUGGAUCUGCUGCAGGUGGCCCCCUCCAGCCUCCCCAUGCCGGGUGGGAACACGGCUUUCAAUCAGCAGGUUCGGGCCAGGAUUUACGAGGCGGAACAGCAGAUCAAACAAAGAGGCCGUGCAGUGGAGGUUCGGUGGUCCUUUGACAAGUGCCAAGAAUCAACAGCAGGGGUGACCAUCAGUCGGGUGUUGCACACGUUGGAAGUGUUGGAUCGACAUUGUUUUGACCGGACUGACUCCAGCAAUUCAAUGGAGACGCUUUAUCAUAAGAUUUUCUGGGCAAACCAAAACAAAGAUAACCAAGAGGUUGCCCCCAAUGACGAAGCCGUGGUGACACUGCUGUGUGAGUGGGCGGUGAGCUGCAAACGGUCGGGCAAGCACAGGGCCAUAGCUGUGGCAAAGCUCCUGGAGAAGAGGCAGGCGGAAAUCGAGGCAGAGAGAUGUGGUGAAUCAGAGGUAUUAGAUGAGAAGGAGUCCAUUUCUUCAGCCUCUCUUGCUGGAUCUAGUUUGCCUGUUUUCCAGAAUGUUCUACUAAGGUUUUUAGAUACACAGGCCCCCUCAUUAUCGGAUCCAAACAGUGAAUGUGAAAAGGUGGAAUUUGUGAAUCUGGUGCUGCUCUUCUGUGAGUUCAUCCGACAUGAUGUCUUCUCUCAUGAUGCAUACAUGUGCACCCUCAUAUCUCGAGGAGACUUGUCAGUCACUGCCUCGACCCGACCGCGGUCGCCAGCGGGAGAAAAUGUGGAUGAACACUACCCAAAGGACCAUGACAUGAAAAUGGAGGAACAGACUAUAAUGGCGCAUAUGGGCAUUGACUCAGGAACUACUAAUAUUUUUGAUGAAGUAGACAAGAAUGACUUUAAAACUGACUUUGGUUCGGAAUUUCCAAUUUUUUCUCCCAUGCCUGGAGAAUCCUGUGAGAAUGCCAACCCUUCCUUGGGCAGAAGAAUGUCGGUUAAUGGUGAGAAGUUGCUUAAGAGAGAAAAACCCAGGGAGCUAAUUUUUCCAUCUAAUUAUGACCUCCUGCGACACCUGCAGUAUGCAACCCAUUUUCCCAUACCUCUGUCAUUGCCAGCAUGUAACAUUCUAAAGAUUGUCCACCUCCUUAGAGGAAGGAGCAUGAAUGAUUUCUGGUGA